AUGGAGACCCUCAACCAGACUAAGCUAUCCGAAUUCAUCAUUGUCGGCUUCCCAAGUCUCCAGCGCUUUCAGAAACCUCUUUUCUUUUUGCUUCUCCUCAUCUAUCUCUUCACCAUCAUUGGCAACCUGUUGAUUUUCACCGUCAUCCGGGUGGACUCCCAGCUCCAUACACCCAUGUACUUUUUUGUCAGUGCCCUCUCUUUCUUAGAAAUCUGGUAUACGGCUGCCACCAUCCCUAAAAUGCUCUCUAACUUGCUCAGCGAAAGGAAGCGUAUUUCUUUCGACGGAUGCCUCCUACAAAUCUAUUUCUUCCAUUCUCUGGGGGCCACUGAAUGCUACCUCCUCACCGCCAUGGCGUACGACCGGUAUCUAGCCAUCUGCUGUCCACUGCACUAUUCAUCCACCAUGAACAACAAGAGGUGUACCAAACUAGUUGUCACCUGUUGGGUCUGUGGCUUGCUAGGCCCCAUGGCUGAAAUCAUCUUGGUUUCCAAGCUGCCCUUUUGCGGCCCAAAUCAGAUCGCGCACAUCUUCUGUGACUUCCCCCCAUUGCUCACUUUAGUCUGCACUGACACAUCCAUGAACGUUCUGGUUGAUUUUAUAAUCAAUGCUUGCAAAAUCUUGGCCACUUUCCUCCUGAUUUUAAUGUCCUAUCUGAGGAUCAUCCAGGCAAUCCUUAAAAUCCGUACUGCCACUGGGAGAAGAAAAGCUUUCUCCACGUGCGCUGCGCAUCUCUCUGUUGUGGUCAUUUUCUUUGGAAGCAUUCUGUUCAUGUAUGUCAGGCUGACAAAAAGUUAUUCGUUGGAUUAUGACCGGGCGCUGGCUGUUGUUUACGCUGUCCUGACCCCUUUCCUUAAUCCGAUUAUCUACAGCCUGAGAAAUAAAGAAAUUAAAGCAGCACUGCAGAGAAUGUUUCAGUGGCAGAAACGAAAUACUCAUCAGUAA